AUGUCCAUAAAAUCCGUUCCUCUCAUUAAACAAUCCCCGCCCAGACUCGCCCACCAUGACUAUACGGUGGGCUGGAUCUGCGCGCUCCCCCAGGAGCAAGCGGCCGCGACCGUGAUGCUUGAUGAGCUGCACGAAAACCUGGCAAACCCAAUCGGCGACCACAACACUUACACUCUAGGCUCAAUUGGAAGCCACAACGUCGUCUCAUGGUGGGUAUCGGCGGCGGCACUCCUCCCAAAGUUCGACUGGGUGACGUUGUCGUGGGCACCCCCGAGUGGUCAGUGGCCUGGGCUUGUGCAGUGGGAUUUUGGCAAGACCGAGUCCGAAGGCUUCAAGCGUAUUGGGGCUUUGAAUAAUCCCCCAGCACCGCUGCUGACUGCGCUGUCGAAUUUAGAGGCUCGCCAUCAGGUGGAAGGCUCGAGGAUUCGGCAUCAUCUGGAUGUGGUGGAGAGCAAGGGAAAGAAGUUGGCUUUGAGAUUCACUCGGCGCGAUCAUCUUCACGACCCGCUAGAUGCGUCUAUUUUGACCUUCCUCGGAUUUCUGCUUGGGCGGUGGGCUUACACUCCGCCACGUGCUAAUGGCCAGGGCGCAAAGAUCGAGUCAUUGGAGGAGCCAAAAGUCCAUUACGGCCUAAUCGCCUCCGGAAACCAAGUCAUCAAGGACGCAAGAUACCGCGACUCGCUGAACACAAGCCUGGGAGGGGAGAUAUUGUGCAUUGAGAUGGAGGCCGCAGGAGUCGCCAACAACUUCCCUUGCUUGGCCAUUCACGGCAUCUGCGAUUAUGCAGACGAGGGCAAGAACAAAGAUUGGCAGGAAUAUGCUGCUGGAGUAGCUGCUGCUUUUACAAAGGAAUUGCUCGUGGUUCAGCCAAUCGAGUUGAACCGCGAACGGUCGGUGAAGGAUGUGCUUGACCAAGGUAGCAUUUCUACUCUAUUCAAGGGUUUUCGUCAUGUCUAG